UGGUGACUACUGAUUACGUCAGCAUCCUGGGAUAUAUAGAGGGACUCCGUCAGUCUGUCAGACACACUGGGGUUAUUUUCUCUCUGAGACAGAAAACAGCCAACAGUCAAGAUGAAACUGUCCAUUGCCAUUGCCGUGUUGAUGCUUGUGUUCGCUGCACACACAGAGGCUCAGGAGGCUGAGAAGACCAUUGAGGAGCAUUUCGCCACCUUCGGCAAUCAGAUGAAGGACCUAAGUGAGGACCUGACCGUCAAGACGAAGGACAUAGUUGAAAAGAUUGGGGACAGCGAGUUCAUCACCAAAACCAGGACCUGGUUCACUGAGCAGUUUGACAAGAUGAAGGCCAAGAUCGAUGAGACCUUCCCCAAGCAGUAGUAAGCCUGUACACCUCUGACCAUGCCUGUCUAAGAGCUCCCCCUCCCCCCACCACUACGCUUCUUUCUCUGUCUUGUCUGGUGACGCGGUUGCUGUGACGCUGACACUUGCGUUGUGCCGACAGACACCAAUGUUAUAUUCGACCUCUGUGAAGAGACCGACGUCAUUUCUGUGUAAUUAUUAUGGCCUGCUUUAAUAACCUGGAACACAAUGAGCUGAACAAUAAAGAUACCUUUGUGAUAAAACUA